AGCUGCUGAGUCGUGAAAUCAACACGGAACCCAAGUCCUAAGCAAUUCCAUCUUCUUCUCCAAAUCCACAACACAUCAGCCUCCUCACCCCUCGACCUCUGCACAUCUCUCAUCAACAGCCUCCUCUCCUUUACAAUAUUCUAUUUCUUAGAAUACCCCUUCAACAAUGCCAGGCUUGACCUCAGCGUCCGGAGUCCUGGGCUUCCUGUCCGAUGAGGAGCCCGAGCUCAAGGUCUUCGCGCUGCAGACCUUGAAUGACGAUAUCGAUACUCUGUGGACGGAGGUAGCUGGUUCGAUUGGUCAGAUUGAGGCUCUCUACGAAGACGAGUCCUUCCCCGAACGACAGCUGGCGUCCUUGGUCCUCGCAAAGGUCUACUAUCAUCUACAAUCCUACAAUGAAAGCAUGACGUUUGCUCUCGGUGCUGGUGAUCUUUUCAAGCUCGACAAUGAGGGCGAAUUCGAGGACGAGAUCAUCUCGAGAUGUGUGGAAACCUAUAUCAGCUUAAACGCCGCAAAGCAUUCUGCUCCCCAAGCUUCUGCGAAAUCCGGAUCCCUCCUAACUCUGGCAACCUCUUUCGCGGCUGGUGGAAGCGAUUCAGCUACUGCCGGCCUUACCUCGCCCACAACCCCAUUCUCACAGGCUACCUUACCCUCGAAAUCCCUUCUUUCUCGAGCUCCAACUGAGAACCUGUUGGAACCAUCGGGACCGGACGGAGUUGACUAUAUCCCCGAUCGACAGACACAAGCCGCGCUACAAAAAGUUAUCGAAAGAUUAUUCGAGAGCUGCAUGCGGGAUGGGAGGUAUAGACAGGUGGUUGGAAUUGCAGUGGAAGCCCAGAAUCUGGAAGUUCUAGGUAGAGUCAUCAAGCGCGCCAGCGAUGAUGAAAAGAAAUCGCCGGGGAAGCAGGCCGAAGGAACUCCAGGGCCAACGGAGGAGCUGAUGGAAUAUGUUUUGGAUAUCUGCAUGGGCGUGGUGCAAGAGCGAAGUCUGCGAACAAAGAUUCUAAAGUUGAUCUUAGAUCUGCUGAGCGAUAUUCCAACGCCAGAUUACUUUUCGAUUGCCAAGUGCGCCGUCUAUCUGGAUCAAGAUGAGGAGGUUUCAGCAAUGCUCAAGAAGCUGGUGGCACACGAGGACCAAACCUCGACCGUGGUCGCAUACCAAAUUGCCUUCGACUUGUACGACAAUGGGACACAGGAAUUUCUCGCCAAAGUCAUCAAGUCUCUUCCUGAGCAACCUGCUCCCGAGAGUGAGAAUCCUACCGAAUCCGACCAACUCUUAGGUGAGUUGAACGAGCGCGCAGGCGCACCAGCUCCAGACUCCGUCAAUAUCUCUGAUAAGGAGUACGAAACUUUCAAACGAAUACGCGCAAUUUUGGAUGGCAGCGAAACCAUCAGGUUGAACCUCGAAUUCCUCUACCGAAACAACCAUACAGACCUGAGCAUUUUGAACAAGGUCAGAGACAGCUUGGAAGGCCGCAACUCGAUUUUCCAUACUGCAGUCACUUUCUGCAAUGCUUUCAUGAACCAGGGCACAACAAAUGACAAGUUCUUCCGAGACAAUCUAGAGUGGCUUGGAAAGGCAGUCAACUGGUCGAAAUUCUCGGCAACAGCAGCUUUGGGCGUCAUCCACCGCGGAAAUCUGUCACAAUGUAGAAAGCUUCUUGAGCCAUAUCUGCCUCGGACAAAUGCAAUCGGAGGGUCGAUUUUCAGCCAAGGUGGUGCCCUUUACGCAUACGGACUCAUCUAUGCCAACCACGGUGCCGAAGCUCUCGACUACUUGAAGAAGCAGUUCACGGAUGCGACCGAGGAAGUUAUCCAGCAUGGUGGAGCUUUGGGUCUUGGUAUUGCAGGUAUGGCUACUGGAUCUGAUGAGAUUUACGAAAGUCUCAAGAAUGUCCUUUACACCGACUCUGCUCUCAAUGGUGAGGCUGUUGGUCUUGCCAUGGGUCUCAUUAUGUUGGGAACCGGUAACAUCAAGGCUUUGGAAGAUAUGAUCACCUAUGCACACGAUACCCAGCAUGAGAAGAUUGUCCGAGGUCUCGCUCUCGGCAUGGCUCUUAUCAUGUAUGGCCGACAGGAAGGUGCUGAUGAACUGAUUGAGGGUCUUUUGAACGAUCCCGACCCAACUCUCAGAUAUGGUGGUAUCAUGACUGUCGCUCUUGCUUACUGUGGUACCGGCAGCAAUAAGGCUGUCCGAAAACUUCUUCACGUUGCUGUUAGCGAUGUGAAUGAUGAUGUCCGGAGAAUUGCGGUUAUGAGUUUGGGUUUCAUCCUCUUCCGCAAGCCUGGCAGUGUUCCUCGCAUGGUCGAGCUACUAUCUGAAUCAUACAAUCCCCAUGUUCGAUAUGGUGCAGCUAUGGCUUUGGGUAUCUCCUGCGCUGGGACUGGUCUUGCCGAGGCCAUUGACUUGCUUGAGCCCAUGGUCAAGGAUCCAACUGACUUUGUCCGCCAAGGUGCCUUGAUCUCGCUUGCCAUGAUCAUGGUCCAGCAAAAUGAGGUCAUGAACCCCAAGGUUGCGGAGAUCCGCAAGACUUUGAAGAAGAUUGUUGGUGACAGACACGAGGAUGCUAUGACCAAGUUUGGCUGUGCCUUGGCCUUGGGUAUCAUUGAUGCUGGUGGACGCAACUGCACUAUUGGAUUACAGACACAAACUGGAAACCUCAACAUGGCCGGUAUUGUCGGUAUGGCUGUCUUCACCCAGUACUGGUAUUGGUUCCCAUUCACCCAUUUCCUGUCCUUGAGUUUCACCCCAACAUCUAUGAUUGGUCUCAACGACAACCUCGACAUGCCAGCAUUCGAGUUCCACAGCGCAACACGACCAAGCUUGUUCGAUUACCCACCUGAGCAAGAGGUCAAGACUGAUGAAGCACCUACACUCAUCGCCACCGCCGUUCUUUCCACCACUGCUCAGGCAAAGAGACGUGCUCAGAAGAAGGAGCGCGCUCAACGCCGUGAAAGUAUGGAUAUUGACCAAACACCAACCACGCCAAAGAUCAGCGCCCCUGCUGGAGACAAGAUGGAUGUGGACGAGGAGGCCAAGGACAAGGAUGGAAAGCCAGAGGAGAAGAAGGACGAAAACGAGAAGGAUGCCUCCCCAGCUGAAAUCGCCAAGAAGAAGCUUGAGAAGGAGAAGGUCGGCUAUGAACUGCAGAACAUGUCCAGAGUCCUUCCAGCUCAACUCAAGUUCAUCAGCUUUCCAGCCGGCCGAUACAAGCCAGUCAAGAAGCCAACUGGAGGUGUAAUCCUAAUGAUCGAUACCAAGCCCGACGAGGAAGUCGUCCUCAUCGAAGAAAAGCUCAAGAAAGCCACCAUUGAGAAAGCUGCCGCGCCUACAACCCUUGAGGACAUGCGCACCGAGUCCUUCAAUCUCCGCCGUCAAGCAGAGGCUGCCGGUGAGGCUUCUGGAGCCGCGGCUGCCGCGGGCGUCUUGACUGCUGUUGAUGAAGAUGAGGAGGGUGCUGAGGAGGCUGAGGUUCCGAGGGACUUUGAGUACUUCUCUGAUAAUGAGGAUGAGUUGUAGAUGGCUGGGAUUAGAGUGAGGGACGAGAGGAGAGGAAAGGACAGGAGGGGAUUGUAAUAUUAUGCCACCGGAUUACGGUGGAGGGGAGGAGCGGUGAUGGUUGGGGAAAUAGUCUAGAUGUAGAUGUAUAACAGCGAAUCGAGCAUUUGGGUGCAGUGUUGCAAG